CGCCAACGAGAUGAUGGCAUUUCACGCCUCUGUUCGUCCCCCAUAUGGCUUCCUGCCAUUUCAACAGCACGUGUACCACCCCAUGCCCCCCUCUCUGCACGCACUCACUGGACUCGCUGGAGCGCCUGCGGCCGCACAGCCACAUCCGGCUUAUUUCCACCCGCCGUGGCCUCCAGCCACCUCUGCCGCACGUGGCAGCGCCAGAACUGGCAGCGCCCGAGCGAAGGACCAUCCCUGCAUCGCUGUGCCGGCAUCCCAGGCGCCUGUCCCUCUCACCCCCAGCGGCACCAACGUGCGCCCCCCCGUCCACCCUUCAGCACGACAGAAACCGCCGCGGGAGGCAGGCGUCAGAAUGCGGCACCAGCAGCAGCGGACUAAGGGACGGGGAUUUCUGCUUAGUGAGGGGUGUUGCGGUGGCGCAUUCUCUCGAGAGGAGGAGAGAGAGAGGGAGAUAGUCCUUGAGGAGGAGAACUACGAGGGCAAGGAGAACGAGGAGGAGAUGAUAGCAUCCGUAGACGAUGAGCCGCCCUUGUUGUCGAGCCAGCCGCCCGCCGCCAAGUACGUUGCCGGCCGGGGGAGGAGGGCGAUGAUCAUGGCGCGGCCACGGACGCCGAGAGCCGACACGCCGCCGCCAUUGCCUAUGGUGCCAAUGGAGCAGUCGCGAGCAAGAGACCCAUCGCCGCCACCAUACACACACAAGAGGUAAGACCACACACAAGUCCACGAACAGACCUGAACAGUUCGUUUUGUUUGUGGACCAUCUGUCCCUUUCAAUUCAGGUCGAUACCGAGGCCACCAUCGACGUCGAUCCGUCGAGUUGAGACCAAGAGCCCCCCUCCCAACUUUCCACUGGCGGCCUUCUUCAGCAACCAGCCGGUCAUCACGCCAAUCGAGCAGCGGGAGAGAGAGGAACGGGGAGAGGGCAAGGGCGAGCCAGCGACACUCCCAUUGUGUAGCAGCGACUUGAAGGAGGGAUCCCCGUCCCCUGCAAGCGACGAGUCGACAGGUACGCACACACUAUAUCACAUGAUUUCGGUGUCCAAUGACCCAUGGGCUGAUUGUCUCCUCUGCUGCAGGUGCAGGCGCGUCUGAUGACGGCAGCUCUGCUGGAGCGGGGUCGCCAGCGGCAUCACAGCCCCGGGCAGCACUCGCCACAAUCCCCCCUUUCCACCCCCCUCUCCUUGCCGGCACCGCUUUGGCGGUCAGCCCCACCGCCACAUUCGAGUGUGGCAGGCAGCUGAGCGGCGGGAGGGGGGUCUUUGCUCUGUGGGAGGGAGACUUCGUCGGGCAGGGGCGGCGCACGCCAGCCGUGAUGAACUUCAUCACGACGGAUCAGACGGAGAAGGGGGCCAUGUUUGUCGAGCACCUGGUGGACACGUUGGUGGGCGAAGCGGCGUGUCUGCAGGCCAUCAACAUGGCCAUUGAGGAGGAGUUGGUGCUGCCGCAGUACCUCUACGACCCGCAGAUUCGCCCGUCAGCCAAGCGGCCGGGCACCACCUGGAUGGCCCCCAAGCUGCUGGGGACGGCAUCGGAUCUGCCCCAGCUGCGGCCGGUGGUGGAAAGCUGCCUGGAGGUGAAGAAGAUACCUGGUGCGGGCGUUUGCAUGGUCAUGGAGAAGAUUGGCUCAGGUAUGGCGCGACAAUCGCACACACAGCCGUCCACACGGCCAUCGACAUGUCGUGCGUCUCUGUGUAUGUCUAUACUCAUGCAGGGCAUACUGUGUGGGACUUCAUCUGCCAGGCGAGCCCACUCAACCCCGCCCUUCGUGCAGACGCCCUCUACUGCGCCAUCAUGGGAGUCAACAUCCUCCUGGCCAUGCUCUCCCUGCACCGGAUCGGGAUUCUCCACGAUGACCUCCACUGGUCAAACGUCCUCAUUCGCAGCCCCGCCACCGCUCAAGUCGCCAUCAUCGACUACGAAGCCGCCCGAGACAAGAGUGCGGUGGAGAGCGGCACGGCGAGGGACGUACGGACCCAGCCCCCCGCCCCCUGCGACACACCGUUCCACCUGAUCGGCCUGCUGUGCAACAGGAGCUUCCCCAUCCACCACUACACCGACUACGUGUCGGUGGCCUGGAUGGUGCUCCUGCUGGCCUUCAGUGUGAAGGACGUCGGUCGCAUUGUUGCGGCGGUGCAGCGGCAGAGGGACGGGCUGAUUGAGGGGUGCCUGGCUGGCGAUUCUGAUCUCAACGAGGGGAUAGUGCGGGGCUGGUACGAGGCGGGUGUGCAGGCGGCGAUCGCGAAGGCCCAACGAGCGAAGAGCACCUUUCAGCAGCGGGCGGUGGAGCUGCUCGAGCUUUGCUGCUCGGAGGCCCUCAAGGGUGAUGGGAUGGGGGAGGAGGCCAUGAUGGGCAGGGUACACCAAUACAUCCAAGAUACUAUCAACGGUAAGAUGACAUGGGGUGGGGGAGCCCUUGAUGUGUUCCAUUGCACUCAUGUCUGUCCACUUGUCCGCCCGUCUGUUCGUCGUCAGAUGUGCGUAAGAAGAUGAAGUAGCGUGAGUCGUGGUGAGGGACGCCAUCAACGCAUCCAUCGGACUCGCGUCAUCGCCCGCAGACACCGCAUCCGCGCCCAUCGGGACACCCAUCGGGACACCGCAUCCGCGCCCAUCGGGCUGGCCGUCGUGUCCUCCAGUGUCACGCUGGCCAUGCGCAUUGUGAACAACACUCUGAGUGCCGGAAGACGACGGCACCGGUCUCGCCACGUUCGCCCAGCUCGUGAUCGGCCCCAACAUGACCACACCGGCCUCCCUGGGGCUCAACGGCACGCUGGACGUGGCGGCACUGGUCGGGCGACUGGGUGUCCCCCUUCAGCUGCGAGGCGUCUUCAUCACCCAGACCAGCGUCCAUGGCCGUGCGGGAAGAGGAGGAGGGGGAGAGUCCCCAACCCGCCCCCGCAGCUGCUGCAGCAGGGGGCCUGGCCAUCAAGCGUUCAGAGGUGGACUUCACGGGGGCGGUGGCGGGGGGAGGUACAUGUAUGGGGGUCAAGACGGUCGCUCUGGCUGGAAUGGGGUGGUACUGUACAUCAGCAGCAGACGAAGCCGGUGCAUCGGAAGACCACAGCCCAUCGCACAGCCAGCGUCGAGACCGACACACCACCCCAGACACACACGCCUAUUCCCCAGCAGCUGGCGUCCAUGAGGGUCGAUCUGGAUCGAGUGACCAAGGAGCGUGACGAAGCAUUCGAGUGUCUGUCUGUCGAUGCACAAGUCGCUGGCUGUGGAGCUGAUGAGGGAGAAAAGCGAGCAUUUUUCGUCUUGUGUUGAUCUCUGGCCAUGUUUAUGCGGUGUCGUGCACGGAUGUGAUGAGGCGAGGGCGUGAAAGGUCCGUUGUGUGGUCUGCUUGCCGUACCGUGCCGUGCCACACAUCUACACACACAUGGGUCCACUCAUCCAUCCACUCACCCACACACAACAUAGAGGACGUCGACUCGAUGCCCUUUUUCCGUCUGGCUGCCUGACUGCCUUGCUAUUCUCCCUUCCAGCCUAGCCUGGCCUUCUCUAAGUGAGUGUGCUGCUCGGUGCUGCCCCCCACUGAGUUGAUGUUGAGUAGCACACUGACCUCCCUCUCUCAUCGACAGAGUGGCCGACUGAUAUGCGUCGCUGUGUCUCUCUCUGCUCUCAUCGAUUGCACACGUCCCCAGCACCUCAACCCACGCGCACACAAGCAAACAGCUGCCCCUUUUCUACUACGCCCGCUCAUCGGCACGGCCACGGCAUGGAAUGUCGAGUGUGCCUGUCUGUGUGUCGUUCGGCUGGCUGUCGUGUGUCCGGUGUUUGCCACCUCAUGGUGUGGCGUGUCUGGGUGUGAUGGAGGGGAACUCAUGUGUUGCUUUAUUCACCGUUUGUUGUGGAUGUCUGCUGGCGAUUGGCGUGUGGCUGUAUGAUGAUUUGUUGGUGGUCUGUCCGUCACGCGUGGGUCUCCACACACCACCACCACCAGGCCUGUGACCUCUCUCUGACUGGCUGUGAGUGCCAUGGCUGCCUGGUACUGUUCGCACACACGCGUCUGGCGGAUGUACCUGUCGUGUUAAUGUGAUGGAUAAAGAGUGCUUUGGGGGUAAGGGUUUUUGCUGCAGUCAUCUGUGCACGUGUCCGCCGUCAGGGGGCGCGUCAUGCACCAUCCCAUCCUUGGUGCAGGCGUGAACUCUGAUAUGGAUGGGCCGUGCGGCUGGCUGGUCGACUGGCCUCUCAUGGGCGCGUGCGUGGCCGACAGACAGCCUUUAAGCUGUGGUCGCCGCGUGAACGUGGGAUGUGCCACCCAGGCAGUUAGGACGCACUGACAGCCAUUGCUCAGGGGCUGCGUGAGCGUGUGUGGAUGGAUGGAUGGAUGGAUGGGUGCUGGAUUUAUAAGAGACGUGGCAGCCGAUUGUUCGCUCGUGUGAGGCAUGUACCGUCUUGAUCGCUGGUCUUUGUACGUCAUGUGUCAUGCAGUGUGAUGAAUGGCAUUGACCCCCACCCUGCUUGUGCCUCUGUGGUGCAGCUGCCGUCAAUGAGGUUUGUUGUGUGUUUGUAUGGCGCGGUCUGCAUGCCGUGCUUCGUCGUGCCAUCUGUGCGCUGCCUGCCGAUACCGAUACACAUAUGCAAAGCAUUGGGCACUCGCUAUCCACUGACAGAUAUGUGAGGCGUGGGGCUGUCGUGUGGGAAUGCAUGGAUGAAUGCCGUGCUGGCUGUGAGUGCGUGCGUCCUCGAUCUGUCUGUCUCCCUUCUAGCUAGAGCCUAUUCUGAGUUUAUGUUGUUGGUUCGAGUUCGUCUCUACACUACCCACCUCCCACCACAGUCAGGCCAUUACUGUCUUUUCCUUCUUUGUCCAUGGCCACGCCCCUGGCGUGUUGAAGCGAGGAGCGGUGAUGUGACGCUGGCGCUGGAGGUGGG